UGUCAAUCUCGACGACCACAUUCUACAGCUUGAUACCGUCCACCACCCCGUCUCUGGUGAUUCGUUGGCAAUAAUGUCCCGUCCGUCAUCUAUGGCUCAGCGUCCAUUGACGCUCACAGAGGAAUUAGAGAAACUCGAGCAGUCUAUCACACUGACGCUCCAAGAGAUCGACCACAAUUUCAGUCGAGCCCACCGCAUUGUGACGACAAGCAUUCUCCCCGUUGUCGAGCAGUACGCCGAAAGCUCACGAGAUGUUUGGGAGGGCGCAAAAUUUUGGAAACAAUUCUUCGAAGCCAGUGCCAAUGUCUCCCUAUCCGGAUAUGAGGAGACCCCUGAACAGGAUACGACCGCUGAGGAGCAGACCAUCACGACCGAAGACGAUUCCGCCAGCAUCUCCCAAAGCCAUCUUACUGAGACCGAAUCCUACCAAACUCCGUCCUCUGAGCACCUAGAUCUCAACCGCAGACCCGACGAUCUGGAUCUCACCUCCCUUAGUUUGUCGUCCCACAGCACCCCGCGCGUAGUACACCAGGAAAGAUCUCACGACGAUACCACCGUGACCUCAUCCACUGCGUAUCCCUCACUUUACCAAGGUAUGCACCAGGACAUCGACCAAGACCACGACCACGACCACGACACUGCCCUCUAUAAAUAUGAAGACGAAGAUGAAGACUCUUAUCUCCCCACCACCCCCGGAAAGCCCUCCUCCACCAGACACCAACGGCACCAGCAACCCUACCGGAACACAGACAACCUGAUGUCAUCCUCCCCGUUCGUCCCUCCCGUCUCCACUACUAAAACCCUCGACCAAGAGGGCCCUAUCAUGCACCGUCUCCACGACAAAACCUACCGCGUGCAAGCCACCCCCCUUGGAAAAGGAAAAGGAGCAGGCUACUACGACCCCACCAGAUCCAAAUUCACCAUCACCACACCCAAAUCAACUACUACAACAAACCCCAAAUACGCAUUCGAGGACUCUCCUCUCUCCAGCCCCGAACCCGAAGCGCCGCAGCUCAACUCCGAACUCUUUUCGUCUCCACUUAAACCCCAAACCCCGAAUACAGGGCGAAAGCGCCGACCAAGUAAGAAUAACCGACUUCAUAUUACCCCCAAGCCAGGAACUAGUGUUCUCACACCGGCAAAGGGUGGAUACGGCAAGCGGUCUGAGUGGGAUAGUGACGACGAUGAUGAUAAUGAUGCCGGAUUCGGUGACUAUGAUGAUGAAGACGAGGACGAGCUGGGUCCUAGUCCGCCGAAAACAAUGCAGUUUCAUAUUCCGCAGAGUCGGCUAAUGAAGACUCCAGCCAAGGAGGCUUCUAGGCGGAUUGUGGAGCAACUCCUCUACACGGCUGGUGCGAACGAUACAACGGAAGAUUUCGAGGAUGAGCAGAGUCCGAGUGUUAUUCGACGGGUGGAACAGCUUGAAGAUGAUACGUUCUAAAAGAGUUAAAAAGUUGCAUCUAGACCAGAACAAGCAUGAAUUAGCAUAAUAGGAAAAAAGAAAAAGAAAAAGAAAAAGAAAAAGAAAAAGAAAAAGAAAUAGUAUCUAUAGGUACAAUUGCAUCACACCCUC